AUCGUUUGCUCAUGUAAUCGGCACCGUAUUGAUAAUAAUGUUAUUAGGUAGUUAUUUAAACAGUGUCGACUGACUGGGCUUAUAAAUUGACACUAUAGACUAUCGGCGAAUGGUAUUAUAACUUAUAAGUAUUCGUUUGACGUUUAUCAUCCAAGUGUGUAAUUAUAUUAUUAUAAAUAGUAAUUAUAAAUUAUUAUGCUAUUAUAAUUGUAGAGAGUUGAGCGUGCAAAAGUGUAAUUCCGUUAUUCUACAGUUCUACAUUUAUCUGCUGGCUGUGAGCAUAAUAUUUUACUUAUUACCUAUUAGUUACUUUCUUUAAUUUGUUUCUUACAAUCAUUUCUAUUUUUUUUUUCUAAAUCGUAAAAUUGAAGUAGGUAACUAUACUGUCAGUUCUACUAUGAGUAUUUUCAGUGUCGUCAAAGAAGCACCGCCUAUCGAAGUGUUCCAUCUAGUGAAAGUGUUUAAUGAAGAUGACAAUCCAUCAAAAGUAAAUUUGACCAUUGGGGCAUACAGGACGGAUGAAGGCAAACCGUUUUAUAUGCCUGUUGUGAAAAAGGCUGAAAGUGUGGUACUCGAGAAUACGUUAAAUCAUGAGUAUUUACCCAUAUUAGGCUUAGAAUCAUUUACUAAAGCUGCAUCACAACUUCUAUUGGGCAAUAUCGCUGAACGACAAGAAGAGGGAACUAUCUUUGGAGUUCAAUCAAUCAGUGGUUCUGGAGCAUUAAGAGUGGGUGCAGAAUUCUUAGUUAAACAUUUGAAAUGUACCACAUUCUAUUAUUCAAUACCAACUUGGGAAAAUCAUCAUUUGAUUUUCAUGACUAGUGGAUUUCAAAAUGCCAAAACUUAUCGCUAUUGGAAUGAAGAAACAAGAUCUCUUGAUUUUGAUGGAUUUUGUGAAGAUUUAUCAAAUGCACCAGAAAAUUCAGUUAUUAUAUUGCAUGGAUGUGCUCAUAAUCCAACUGGCUUAGAUCCAACUGAAGAUCAAUGGAAGAAAAUUGCAGAAAUUAUUAAAGAACAUAAUUUAAUACCGUUCUUUGAUAAUGCUUACCAAGGAUUUGCAUCUGGAGAUUUGGAAAAAGAUGCCUGGUCUGUACGAUAUUUUCUUAAUCAAGGGUUUGAAUUUUUAUGUUCACAAUCAUUUGCUAAAAACUAUGGACUUUAUAAUGAGCGUGCAGGAAACCUUACUUUUGUUCUGAAUUCUUUGGAAAAUGUUAAGGCUGUAAAAUCUCAGGUGACAAUGAUUGUUAGAGGGAUGUAUUCAAAUCCGCCAAACCAUGGUGCACGUACUGUCAGUACAAUAUUAAAUAAUGAUGAAUUAAAAAUGAAUGGCGAGAUGGAUACUUUAAAGUUAAUGACAGAUAGAAUUAAAGCUAUGAGAAAAGUUUUAAGAGAAAAUUUAGAAAAGCUUGGAACAAUUGGGACAUGGAAUCAUAUUACUGAUCAAACUGGAAUGUUUUCCUAUACAGGAUUAUCAGCAAGUCAUGUAGAAUACUUACGAAACAAAUACCAUAUUUACAUGUUGCGGUCGGGACGUAUUAACAUUUGUGGAUUGAAUACAAAUAAUAUAAAUUAUGUAGCUGAAGCAAUUACCGAUGCUUUAUUAAAUGUUACCAAGUAAAAAAAUAAAAAAUAAUAAGACCAUACCAAACAAAUUAUUUUUCAUGUUUAAUUCUAUGGACUAGAAAAAUUGUAAUUUAAUUAAAUGAACCUAAUUGAUAUUUACACAAUUAUGUAUUGUUUUAUGAUUAUUUCAACUAUCAAUUUGUUAAUUAUAUUAUACUAUUAAAUAACUUACCUUGAUUAUAAAUUAUUACUUAACACUUUGACUUGAGCGAUUCCCUUGUACAGAACAUUUUUUGUAAUAAUAGUAAUAAGUAUAAUAAAAAUAUAAAAAUUACCCAAAAUCUCAAACCACCGCGAAUUAAACAAUUUCAACCGUUUAUCUGUGCGGUAGCGCAAGCACAAAUAGCUUGUUGUAUGCUAGUAUUAUUGGGUGAGAUCAGAAAAUAAUACAGGUUGUUGACGCCCGCCGCAUAGAACACAUACGAUUUGUCGACGUCAGCAGUCAAAGUGUUAAUAAUAAAUACAUUUUUAGAGAUGCAAAUUUUACCAUACAUUUUCUGAUACAAAUAUUGUUUAAUAGUAUGACAUAUAAAUAAAUUAAAUAAAGCCAAAAGAUCAUUAUUUUAUAAUGAAAAUAGAUUUUUAAAUUAAAAGGAUUAAACAAAAAAUAUUUGAAAAAUAUACUGUAUAUUUAAUUUGCAUCUCUUAUAUAACCUCAUUAUAAUGAUUUGAAUAAUAUUGAUUAUUUAUCAUUUAAUACCUAUACCAAAAUUUCUUAUU